AGAGACACAUACACACUCAGUGUGCACAAACAUACCAAAAGAGAGCGGAUCUCAAAGCUCUUUACACAGAAGCUACUGUACCAGCAAUCAAGGGGAUAAAAGCUCCCCCGGGAGUUGGCACAAACACUGACCGACUUAGAGGCUCCUCAACUCGGAUUGCAGUCUGGACAUGCAUCGAUGGCACUGCUCCUAACUUUUGGAUAUUGAACCCAAACAAGAAUAAAAGGACAUCUAUCUCACAGGAGGGGGUAUAGUUUUCUGCUGGGAAUAAAAUGACAAUAUUGUAUUCCGAGAAAAGGAAUUGCAAGAAUUUCAGAUUGUAAUUCAAUGGAUAUUGAGCAUCGAAUUUGCUUUUGUAGUUUAUGAAGAACUAACUGUAUGCUUUAAUUAUUUGAAAAUUUCACAUCUUUGACUUGUUGGAAUUAAUUCGUUUUGGAGAAUAAUAAAGGAUCUAACCAGGGAAAGUUGGUUUGCACCGCAUUACUGUGGGACAAAAAACAGCCAUACUGACAAUUUUGUGGCAACAUUAGUACAAGCAGGGAUCACGUAUGAAAAUAAGCCUGGGCUGGUUAAAAAAAUUUAUAUUGGAUUUUAUUUGCCUUUUAUUACACAAUAUCAGAUGACAAAAUACUUAUUUCUCGAUUCUGGGAUUUUGUUUGUAAGUUUGUGCGCCCCAAACGUGUUACCCCUCUAAAAUCUUUAUUAAGAGCUGUGACCCAGCUUGCUGUUUCGAAACAGUGUGAUACUGAAAACGGCAAAAACUUUUUUUUUGUUUGUUUGGUUUUUUUCAGACGAUUUUGUGCUUUUUAUUUGGAUGUAGUUUCUUUUUUUAUUUAUUUAUUGGGAAACGCGGAUCUAUAGAAGAACAUUUCAUUCCAUGCAAUCCCACGCCAGCCCCUGUCACCCAGUCUAGACAAUUUGUCGUGGCUUUGAGUCCAAGUGUAACCAUGGCGACCAUCAGAAGCCCUAUGUGAAUUUUGGAGAAAAAGAGUAAAAAGGGAGCGAGAGCAAAGAGAAAGAGGACGAGAGGGUUUUUUUUUAUUUCAUUCAGCGGUGGUAGGAGCAAAAUUGGACCCCACUAUCCCAGGAGCCUGGGACAGAGUGGAAAAAGUUGGAAGCGCACAGCGAGUCUUGUGGUCCCUAAAAAGAAAGAGCUCAAGUCCAUGUCAUUCAAACCCGCAGCGAUCUAUUAAAAGUAUCGCCUUGCCUCGGCUUUGACUUUGCCUAUUUAUGAUAUCUCCUGGCUCCAUAUUUCAGAGUGUACAGUAACUGCAGAAAACAAAUUAAUACAUCCUCAAGCACAAAAUAACUAAACACGUUUUUUUUUUUUGUAUGCUUUUUAAAAAAAAAAAAAAAAACAUGGGUUUUUUGCAAGCUGUUCUGGUCUGUGCUUUGGUCUCCUUACAUUUUGCCGCCUGUCAGCCCUAUCUUCGGCUCCGACCUUCCCCUAGUGAUAAGCUACCGGUCAUCGAUAUUAUCGAGCACCCCGACCCAGAGUACGACCCCCGGGAGCAGGACCUAAAUGAGAAGAAUCUGAGAAAAAAACUGGGCAGCAACUUUGACCCCAACUUUAUGUCCAUCAGCACUCCCGUCCAGGUCAACCUGUCCAUACAGGACAUACACCCGAAGCUCAGGCUAUCGGGACCGAUGCCCAACGACAUUAAGAAGCUGGACCUUUCUGAAACCCCAUACGGGAUGCGGGUGAAAAUUGGAAAGAAAGCGCGGAGGAAAUUCUUGCAGUGGCUGUGGACUUACACUCACUGCCCCGUGGUUUACACCUGGAAGGACCUAGGGCUCCGGUUUUGGCCUCGCUACAUCAAGGAAGGGAAUUGCUUAAAUGAACGUUCUUGUUCUUUCCCAGAGGGGAUGUUUUGUAAACCGGUCAAGUCAGUUACGAAGACUUUCCUCCGGUGGUACUGUCAAGGAUUUCUAAGACAAAAAUACUGUACGUGGAUACCUGUUCAAUACCCAAUCAUUUCAGAAUGCAAGUGCUCGUGUUGAGUUGUUUUUGUUUGUUUGUUUUUGUUUUUUGAAACAGACUGGAAAAUUCUAUUGCACUGUAAAGUUUUUUUUUUUCUAAACAGAGAUCAGCUAUAGUGUUGUUGGGAAGGGCACUAUGGCGAAAUCUAUUUUUAUAUAUAGCAUUCUAAUAAAAGUAUCAACCUUGUACAUAUUUAAUUUUUUUUUUAAAAGAUGCAGCUAAAGUUUUCUUUAAAGGAACAGGACCAUAUUAUGACAUAUAUGAACAUAGCACUUCAAAUCAAAGGUCGUUUUAUUUUGAAGAAGAAAGGACGAGUGACCUCCGGAACUUGUAAUGAUGGACAGAACCUUUUUUCUUUUCUUUUUUUUUUUUUUUUUUUUUUUGCAGAUGCUGCCUAGGUUUUUUUGUAUUAUAUUAAUAAUAAUUAAAAGAAAGUUGAGGAUACAUAAGUAUAAAAGGGUGGACUCAGCUUUUGGACACAGUGUAGUAUUGUAGAGAAGUAAACAAAUCUGUGCAAAAUGUAUUUAUUAUUUUAACGAUUGUAAGUAUAGUUAAUAAAGACAAACUAGAUUAUACCAAUUAUUGGAGAUGUCUACUUGAAUAUUUCUAAAUAUGUCAGUGUAAAUAUAAGGUUACACAUUUUUAGCAAUAAAAUCUAU